GCUUCUGGGUGCCUAAGUACAUCUGAGUGACUUUUCUUGCACUACUGGUCUGGCGUAGCUCAAAGUUAUGAUUCUGUUUUUUUCCUGUCAUAAGUUGGAGCGCCUCAUGUCAGCUUCAACAAGGACUCUGUACAGCACCUCCCAACAGUCGACUUUGGUGUUUAGCUGAGCAGCAAAAACAAAAAAACAAAAAAAAUCCUCCACUUUCCAGCAAUGAUGAAGGGUCGAUCAGUUAAACUUUGGUCUUUGGUGCUGGUGAUAUCGGCCACUAUUAUCUUUUUUAUUCUGUUCUUGGAAAACUCAGCAAGAGAAAAUAGUUUAAAUUACAGCUGGAUGGCCAUGUCAAGAACGUACAAAGUGAGCGGAGAAGACAAGCUGCUGCUCACUGGGGAUUUAUUGCAAAAGAAGGGAGAGUUGACUGCAACGAAUACAACAGCGCUGACAUCUAAUCCAGUUACCACCGCUUCUUCCGAAGCUCCUAUUCCUAUGAUUUUGAAAACGUUUUUCAAGAAGCUUCCUCAGUGGAGCUUUGAGGAUAUUUACAACUUGGAUGCUCCUCCUAGACCUAUGACGUGUCCGCAGUCUCUACGUAACUCCAAGGACGAGGACUUCCAGAAAGCUUUCCUUCCCAACAUACGCAUGUUUCUGCACAAGCACAACUUCAACAUCAGAGAGUGGAACCGACUCUCACAUUUUAAUAAUCCGUUUGGUUUUAUGCAAAUGAAGCAUGAUGAUGUAAUGCCUGUAGUGAACCUGAUCUCAAAGCCCAAAGAGCCGCUGCUCCUCCCGAAGCCGGGGGGGGACGGCUGCGUCCACUGCGCCGUGGUGGGAACGGGGGGCAUCCUGAACGGCUCGAAGAUGGGCGCCGAGAUUGAUGCUCACGACUACGUGUUUCGGAUGAACGCCGCGGUGGUUGACGGUUAUGAGGAAGACGUCGGAAACAGAACAUCAGUUUAUGUUCACACUGCUCACUCCAUUACAGCAUCCCCUAUUUUUUACCGCAAGUUUGGAUACAAGGCUGCUCCGCAUGAUGAGGGUAUAAAAUACGUCCUGAUUCCUGAGGGCCUGAGGGACUUUCAGUGGCUCAACGCCGUCAUCAAAGGAGAAAGAGUCUCUGAAGGGCAGUAUCGUAACUGGAACGCCAGGACCUACUAUUCAGGCCAGUACAAUGAGACCCGGUUUUAUGUCCUGCACCAGGACUUUCUGCGAUAUGUACGAAACAGGUUUUUAAAAUCAGGCAAUCUGAAUAGAGGUUACUGGGCCAUCGUCCGACCAACUAAUGGGGCAUUUGCUAUUUUUACGGCUCUGCAUGUUUGUGACACAGUGAGUGCGUAUGGAUUCAUGACUGAUGACUACAGUAAAUACUCCAACUACUACUUUCAAAAGUACCUGAAAACCAACGUAAUUUUCUUCGCCAACCAUGACUACAUUAUGGAGAAGAAUUUGUGGAAGAGCUUCCAUGAAAAAAAAAUUAUGAAGCUGUUUCAAAAGACUAAACCACAGGAAAAGACAGAAAAGCCUCCACCGCCAUGACACCCUGAAAACGAGUCAAACCAUUUACCGUUCUGAUCAGCAAUAUUAAAAACAGUUAAUUCUGCUGCAGAAUGAGCACUUUAAGAACGUUUUAGUUACUUAUCCUGCCUCACUUAAGGAGUCAUAGUCUUAUAUUUAAGAUAAAUGUGAGUACAGACAGAGAAGACUUGCUAUAAAGGAACACACACUGUGCAAUUAAAUGAAAAAUGUUUUUGUAUGCAUCAGGUUAAAACUUUCAGGGAAUCAAAUGUUCUCAAUUUUAUAGCCAUUUAUUGAAUUUUUUUUUUAAGCUUUGAUGUCUUUUAUUGCUUCGAUAACGCUGGUCAACAGCCAAAAAAUUGUCUGGGGUUUUUUCAACGGUUUUAGGGUAAUUUUGAUGCGCUGAAUUCAAAACUCACAUUGGUUUUGCUCAAUCAGGUCAACUUUCUGAACUAAAGGUGCAACACGAGGAUCAGUGUUUAUUAUUUAAUUUACAGAAAUCCAAGUUUGUAACAUUUAAUUAAUACACUCUGUUAGAAAAUGAUUUUUUUUCUCCUAAAACCUUUCGGGAUGAGAAAUAUUCAUGGAAAUGAACUGGUAAUGUCUCAAAAAUUGUAUCAAUUUAAUCAGAAGAUUGGAUUUCUCUGAAUCAAAUUAGAAUAAAAACCCAAUCUGAUUGAGAAAAAUGGAUGUCAUUUUUUGAUUUUUUUAAUACUUUGAUAUCUAAAUAAAUACAGUCUGUUUACAA